AAACUUUCUGUUAUCCCCUCUUUCUCUUAUUCUCUCUCUCUCGCUAUCUCUCCCUCUUAAGUUUUUUUUUAAAACAGACUCUCCCUCUUAAGUUAUUCGGUCGCAAUUAAAAAAGAAAACAAAAUCUUUAUAAAUUUUGAUUUUCUCUUUUUCACCCGAUUAUUUUGAUUUGACUGUUUUACGACAGUCAAUAUUUCAAUUUUAUUAUUGGGUGCUGACGUGGCAUGCAUCCAAUAGAGUAUCACCAUGAACACCAAAACGAUGCGUCUUCCCCCACGUCGCGUUCUAACGGCGGAUAAGCGCAAAGAACGAGACGCCUUCAUCUCCUCCGUCACCGAUAAUCCGCCGGAAAUCGCCAAGUUUCCCUCUCCGCCGCCUAAACUUGUUCCUCCGCCGGUUAAUCCCAUUUCCAAGAAAUCUUCAACCGCAGCAGCCGAGCCGAUCGGCUCGAACCAACUGAUGUUAGCCGGUUAUCUGAGCCACGAGUACCUCACCCAAGGCACACUCUUCGGAGAGCAAUGGAACCAGGCUCGAGCCCAAGCCGAGUCCAGUAAGAUAAAGCCGAGCCAUACUGUUGAGCCGGCUGAGGAAUGUGAGCCGAAACGGAAGAGGUAUAGGGAGGUUGCUAAUCUUCUCCGGUCAGAUGGGGCCCAACUGCCCGGCAUCGUCAAUCCUGCCCAGCUUGCCCGAUUUCUCAAACUGUGAUCGGCGUAAUCCGGUGUCCACGUGGAGACAGAUCAUUGGUCUGUCGUCCGGCAAGCGAGACAGCCUUAAAACCGAAACCUUCUUCUCUCUCUUUUUUUUUCAAAUGUUUUUUUAGAAUCCUCUCUGUAAAGCUGACUCGCUCGCUCUCUCUUCUCAUCAUCGUCUUCCUCGGAAAUCGACUGAGAAAAUUUAGGGUUUGUUGUUGAGGUAGAUGCUCCUCUUUUGUACAUCAGAAAUAUCAAUUAGCCAAUGGAUUAUGUUUUCAGAUCAGCAAAAUUGAACCCUUUUCUCUGUGUGUAUGGAUUUUGAUGAUUCCAAAGUGAUUAGAGAUCUAUACAAAACGAUAUAAAAAGUUAUCAAUUUCAAUAUCUUCUCUAAUUAUCGAACUUCGUCGAUGGAUCUAAGAUUCAAAUGCUAAUUGAGAUUCAACCUCCGGCCAGUUUGGUGUAAUCUGAGAUCAUCAUUUUUCUGGAAGACAAAAUUUGGUGAUGCCUUGGUAUGGCCGAAGUUAUUCAUGUUAAGUAAAAACUCUCUGUGCAUUUAGUGAAUACAAAUUGUCUUC